AUGAUAUUGGCUGGUUUGGGCGCUGUUGCUGGUGCUGUACACCUCGCCAGAGACUGGGAAGACGACGCAGAACGUAAGGAAGCAGAGGAGAGAAUCAGGAAAGCAGGUGAAGGGGCUAUCGACAAUAGUUGGUGGAGUCGUCUCAUUAGCCGUCUCCGGGGAUACACAGACGUGUUCGACAAGCCAGCAUGGUCAGAAUUGCUCCCACCAAUGAUGCCACCACCUAAUGAUCGUAAAUACACCUUAUUAGUCGACUUAGAGGGUCUGCUAGUUUCUUCAAGUUGGGAUCGCCAACACGGAUGGAGAACAGCAAAGAGACCAGGUGCAGAGUAUUUCCUCGGUUACCUUUCACAGUUCUAUGAGAUUGUAUUAUUCACGACUCAACCAAAUUACACGGCGAUGCCAGUUAUCGAAAAGCUUGAUCCAUUUGGUGCAUACGUCCCUUACAGGCUUUACAGAGAGUCAACAAGGUAUAAGGAUGGUAAGACCGUCAAGGAUCUUAGCUAUCUCAACCGUGACCUUAGCAAAGUUAUCGUGCUAGACACAAAUCGAGAGAAUGUCUACGCGCAGCCAGAUAAUGGUCUUAUUUUAAAGCCAUGGAAAGGCGAGAAGGGAAAUAAAGACCUGAUUGCCCACAUUCCAUUCCUUGAGUGUAUUGCCUUGUUCAAUGUAUCAGAUGUCCGACCAGUACUCAAAAAGUACGGUGAUACAAAUAUCCCAGUUGAAUGGGCAAAGGUUGAGGAGAAUAUGAGACAAAAGCAUAUUGAAAACUGGAAGAACCAGGGUGCUCAGCCUAAGAGAUCUGGCUGGGGCUUUGGAGCCAGUUCAAUGAGACCGCCAGCUUCUCCUGUCAGCAUCUCAACAGAUGCAGGUAAAGGUCAACCACCAUUGAGCUAUCUUGACCUGAAGAGAAAAGAAGCGCAGGCGAUCUAUCAAUUGGAACAAAAAUACUGGAAUGACAACAAGGAAGAAUUCUCCAAGAUUAUCCAAGAGGAUCAGAAACGUCAAACUGAAGAGCUCAAAGGACAAUUAUGGGGAAUGGUAGGUGUCAAUAGCGGUGCACCACAAAAGCAGUAA